GGCCCUGCUCUAGCCUCAUGGAUGUGGAGAUGGCAGACAUGCACUACUGCGCCUGGAAGAAGUGUCCCUUUAAACAGCUCUGGUGGGCAUGGCUGGGCAGGCCUGAUGGUGGAAGGAGGAGCAGACUUUCUGAAAGGCUUACCCGUCUACAACAAGAGUAACUUCAGCAGGUUCCACGCGGACUCCGUGUGCAAGGCCUCGAACCGCCGUCCCUCAGUGUACCUGCCGACCCGAGAGUACCCGUCAGAACAGAUCAUUGUGACAGAGAAGACGAACAUCCUCCUGCGCUACCUGCACCAGCAAUGGGACAAAAAGAACGCUGCCAAGAAGAGAGACCAAGAACAGGUGGAGGCGGAGGGCGAGAGCUCAGCGCCACCACGCAAGGUGGCCCGGACCGACAGCCCCGACAUGCCCGAGGACACCUAGGCCCCACACAGCGCCCCGCGUCGGUCUGCUCUGUCCGUUCCUGCCCGCGUGUGUAAGCGCAGCCUGCCUCCUACACCCAGCCCGCACCCUCCAACCUCAUAGGACCCAUGUAUUUAUUUUCCUUGAGUUUUUAUUUAUGCUGUAACUCGUGUCAAGCAUUGGUUAAAGGGACGUCAGGCCCAGCGCCGUGAGGUGUCGGUAGAUGCUUUUUUUAAAGCUCAGUGGUGUCCCCCACCCGGCCACCCGCCAGAGACAACACCAGGGUCCAAAGUCCGGGGCGGCCUGGUCUCCCAACAAGCGAGUGGCCUUCGAGCGCUCCUUCCCGUUCCCACCCAUAGGGCGGCCGGGUCUUGGUCCCGGAACCUCCCGGGGCCCUCCCAUGCCAGCCCUUACUCUGAGCCCACGCCAGGGCAGGAGAGAGCCGGCCCUUCUGGAUCUUUCUCUCAAGUCAUUUUAUCAUGGACUAGCCCGUGCUCCUCCUCCAUCCCAAUAAAAGGAUCUUUCCUACUUCA